AUGCUGCCGGUGCCCCCCUCCCACCCACUGCAGCCAGUGCCAGGCCUGGACUUGGCCCUCCCUCCCCUUUCCCGGGGGAUCGACUUCAAAAUCCGGACGGUGGACAUCGAUGGGAAGAAGAUCAAGCUGCAGGUCUGGGACACGGCAGGACAAGAACGCUUCAAAACCAUCACAACGGCCUAUUACCGGGGAGCCGUGGGCAUCAUCCUGGUGUACGACAUCACCGAUGAGAAAUCCUUUGAGAAUAUCCAAAACUGGAUGAAAAGCAUCAAGGAGAACGCCUCUGCCGGGGUCGAGCGUCUCCUCAUCGGCAACAAGUGCGACAUGGAGGGCAAGCGCAAAGUGCAGCGGGACGAGGCUGAGAAGAAGAGAAUAGUGCAGUGUAGCCCCACGGGCUUCAUCGAGAAGAUCAGCUGUCCCACCUCCAAGAGGGACGAGUUCAAGAGCUGUCGCUCCGCAGUGAUGGAGGCGCACGUUUUCUGGAGGUUCGUGGGUACCAUGAUGUGCGUGACCGCCGUCUUCGCGGUGCUGGUGGUGUGUCGCCAGCGCGUGCUGGACAGGAAGGCGCUGGAGAAGGUCCGCAAGCAGAUCGAGUCCAUUUAG